CGCAGCCGUUUGUGCCACGUCAAACCGUGACGUAGCAGGAGGUGUAGUCUGUAGUCCGGGUGGGAGGCGCCCUAAAACCGACCAGUACAAGAAACCACCCUCCAACUGGCUGGCUUUAAUGGUCUUAAACCCACAGAGGAACACUUGUGAGAGUGUGGAAGAGUUAAUCAAGAAGCACCGUUCAUCAUGGACCCGAACGCCAGCGGACUCGCCAUGAGGUUGGCUGAAGCCGGCCAGUCUCACCUCCUGCAGUUUUGGAAAAAGCUGAGCCCCGAGGAGCAGGGCGACCUGAACCUUGGCCUGCAGGGGAUGGACUUCCAGGAGAUUAAUGGAUUCUUCGCGAAGGCCAUGAAGACGUCUAGUAGCAGCAAAGACGAGAAGAUGGACGCCCGCAUGGAACCGGUGCCCCGGGAGGUGCUGGGGAGCGUGACGAGGGACCGGGAAAGUCUGAAAGAGUGGGAGGUAGCAGGUCUACACUGCAUCUCUCAGAGUAAAGUGGCGGUGCUGCUGCUGGCCGGGGGCCAGGGAACCAGACUGGGGGUCUCUUACCCUAAAGGCAUGUACGACGUGGGCCUGCCGUCCCACAAAACCCUCUUUCAGAUCCAGGCCGAACGCAUUUUGAAGCUGCAACAGCUGACUGAGCAGAGGCACAACAUCAAGUGCUGUAUUCCCUGGUACAUCAUGACCAGCGGCAGGACAAUGGAGUCCACCAAGGACUACUUCUCACGACAUAACUAUUUUGGCUUGGACAAGAACAACAUCAUCUUCUUCCAGCAGGGCAUGCUACCAGCCAUGGACUACAACGGCAAGAUCAUCCUGGAGAGCAAAGGGAAGCUCGCCAUGGCUCCCGAUGGGAACGGGGGUCUUUACAGAGCUCUGGGGAACCAGGGCAUCAUGGAUGACAUGGAGCGGAGGGGGAUUGGAUUCAUCCAUGUGUACUGUGUGGAUAAUAUCCUGAACAAAGUGGCAGACCCCUCCUUUAUUGGUUUCUGUGUGAAGAAGGGGGCGGACUGUGGAGCUAAGGUGGUGGAGAAAACCAACCCGACAGAGGCUGUGGGCGUGGUCUGCAAGGUGGACGGGCUUUAUCAGGUGGUGGAGUACAGCGAGAUCACCCUGGCAACCGCUGAGAAGCGCAGCGCUGACGGCCGACUGAUGUUCAACGCAGGAAACGUGGCCAAUCACUUCUUCAGCUUCUCCUUCCUCAGAGACAUAGUACAGAAGUACGAGCCGCAGCUGCAGCACCACGUGGCCCAGAAGAAGAUCCCAUAUGUGGAUACGGAGGGUCAGCUAAUCAAACCAGACAAACCAAAUGGGAUUAAAAUGGAAAAGUUUGUCUUUGACAUCUUCCAGUUCGCCAAGACAUUUGUCGUGUACGAGGUGCUGCGGGAGGACGAGUUCGCCCCGCUGAAGAAUGCAGACAGUCAGGAUGCAAAGGACACGCCCACCACAGCGAAACACGCCCUCAUGUCCCUCCACCACCGCUGGGUGCUGAACGCCGGCGGCCACUUCAUCGACGAGAACGGCCGUCAAGUGCCCGCCAUACCCAGAGACGGAGCAGCAGGCAGUGUCACAGAUGAUGGCAACAGAAACCUGAAGGACGGAACGGACCUGCCAAUCAAGUGUGAGAUCUCCCCACUGGUGUCCUACGGGGGAGAGGGUCUCGAAGAGCUGGUGAAGGGACGAGAGUUUCAUGCAACUCUGAUGAUCGACGAGAACGGAGUCCACGAGCUGGUGAAGAACGGAGUUUAGACAAUGAAGGAGAGAGAGAGAGAUAAGAGGGACAACCCAAAGACCAACCUCCCUUUGUCUCUCAACAUUUUAUCGGGGAGAAACUGUGAUCAUCACUGUGCAAUAAUAACAAAUGUCGCGUGCACGUGUUCAUGAAAGAGGCCGCCCUCUCCAAAACGAAUGAACGAGCCAGAUGAAGUGUAUCGUUUACUUUUCAGCAUCAAGUUUUCUCUGCUUCGUAUGUUGAUGUCAUACUUUAUUUGUUUUGAAGAGCACUUGAACAUAGCGUUAAAAUGAAGGACGAAAUCCCCGGCACACCGAUUGGAUGAAGCAGUCUUCAGGUGCAUCUAUUUAUUUUGCUUAUGAGACUUAUUUUUAUAUAUACUGAUAGAUGCUCUAUAGGUGGGAAUGACCAUCUACUCAUUUUACCUGGUGAUUUUUAUACAACAUUUGACUGAGGUGAUCAGAACGGUGUUUCUUACUAGCAUGUAAUCAAGGUACAUGGUACGGGGCUGUGGGGGGUAUUUAUAAUAUCUGCUUCUCUUCUGCUUGUAAUCAUUGAAGAUUAGAUAUUAUUCAGCUUUAAGAGAUGCUAUGCUUUCUAUCAUCUUUAUUAAAGAAAUUUCCUAAUUGGAAAACCUGCUCAA